ACAAACACACAGACAUAAAGGGUUCAGAGGAGGCGUUUGGAUUUUACAGAGCGACUGUUUCUGAGGAACUGCUUCAUAGAAAUAUCGACACAAAGCAGAAGCUGCUUCUUUGAUUCAUCGAUUCAUUAGUGUGUGUGUACUCUGAGGAGUGAGAUGUCUCUGUCUGUCUGCAGGAUCUGUGUUCUCUCAGCUGUGCUGCUGAUGUGGUCCUCGUGGUGCGUUCAGGGUCUGCGUGUAGACGUGUUUCCCAGAAGGCCUCUGUUCAGGCUGGGGCAGCGAGAACAGCUGGUGUGUCAGGUGCAGGAUUGUCCCACAAUGCCGAGCUUGUCCUGGUCUCUGCUGGGGGACCGACCUCUGACGGCUUCCGUCAGCAGUAACAGGACGGGCUCGGUGGUGACCUUUGACCCCGUGAUGAUGGAGCACGAAGGAGCGCUGCUGUGUCGAGUCAGCUGUGGACCAGAAAACAAGCAGAGCAAGAGGUCCGUGCAGAUUUACUCCUUCCCAUCAGACCCUUUGAUCAGCGGCCAGGACCGGCUGAGUCGGGGGUCGGAGUCUGUCCUCACCUGCCAGGUGUCAGAUGUUUACCCCCCAGAACAGCUGACGCUCAGCUGGCUCCGAGGAGGCACAGUCCUGCAGAGCAUCAUGGGAGAUAUAGGAUCCAGCUUAGUGCGGUCCGAAUACAGGUUCAUGCCUCAGGACCGGGACCAGGGAGGAAACAUGAGCUGUAGGGCGACGCUGGAUCUGCAGGAGCUGCCCGCGGGGGACAGAACCAGGGAGACAGAAGUCCUGCUAAACCUGCUCUAUGCUCCCGUAUUCACGGAGAUAUCAGCCUCGGUGUUGACGAUGGCCGGCUCUCCGCUCACUCUCUUCUGCUCCGCGGAAGGAAACCCAGAACCAGUGCUCACCUGGAUCUUCAGUUCUGCAGACGGCCGGGCUGAGCCACGGGCACGAGGCCAUCAGCUCGUCAUUGUGGCGGUGAGGCUCACUGACGCCGGACAGUACGACUGUGAGGCCCGAAACAGCGAGGGGAACCAGACUGCUGGCGUGGAGGUCAGCGUGCACGGUGAGACUGAAGCUCCUGUUCGUUUUACCAUCCUUCCAGACACUCAAUUGACUUACCUGUCCACCCCCCCCCCCAACACAGCUCCACCCACCAACACAUCCCUCUCAGUGAGUCCAGGUGAACAGGUGCUGGAGGGUCAGCAGGUGAACUUUACCUGCCGCUCUGACGGAGCUCCGCCCACCACGCUGGUGCUGAGGCGGGAGGGGGAGGAGCUUCAGAGGACAGACCCCGCCUCCUCCUCGCUCUACUUCAGCCUCUCCUCCGCCCGGCUGCAAGACUCCGCCCACUAUCAGUGUGAAGCCUCUAACCAGUACGGAUCCCGCCUGGUGACCCGCUCCAUCACCAUCACAGCUCACCCUCUGCAGGUGGAACUGAGUUCUCCGGUCUCUGCAGCAGAGACGGGUUCAGAUCUGGUGUUGACCUGCAGAGCCUCUGGAUGUCUCCACCGUCCCACCUUCACCUGGAGGAGGACAGACCAGAACUGCACCGUCCUCCAGGGGACAGACCAGAAUGGACUUUCCCUACUCCCCCUGCAGGAGCUGAACCUCCAGGAUCAGGGAGGGUACCGCUGUGAGGCCGAGUGUGACUCCGUCAUCAGGACCAGAAACAUACAGGUCCACGUCUACUCGUUCCCGUCUGAUCCGGUUCUGGAGGUUCUCGGUCCUGUCCUGCUGGGUCAGGAGGCGGUCCUUCAUUGUAACGUGAGCAGAGUUUUAUCAGCCAAUCUGAUGAGGAUCCUGUGGCUGUCUGGGAACACACCGCUGAUUUCCGAGUUGCACAGCUUCUCCGGUUCCGUACAGAACGUCUCGUCUGUUCUUCAGCGCCGGAUCCAGGAGGAUCUGCAGGUUCUGACCUGCAGGGUCGAGUUGCUGACGAAGGACGGAGACGUGUGGAGGUCCAGGAAGACGAGCGUCACUCUGCAGGUCCACUAUCCUCCGAGGGAAACCUCCCUCUCAGUGAGUCCAGGUGAACAGGUGCUGGAGGGUCAGCAGGUGAAUUUUACCUGCCGCUCUGACGGAGCUCCGCCCACCACGCUGGUGCUGAGGCGGGAGGGGGAGGAGCUUCAGAGGACAGACCCCGCCUCCUCCUCCUCGCUCUACUUCAGCCUCUCCUCCGCCCGGCUGCAAGACUCCACCCACUAUCAGUGUGAAGCCUCUAACCAGUACGGAUCCCGCCUGGUGACCCGCUCCAUCACCAUCACAGGUACUUUCAUUUUUACUUUACACUAAAUAUUCCGUUUUUUU